CUCUGAUUUAGAAAUAAGAAAGAUGGCAGUCGCCAUUGAAUGUUGAAAACAGCAGCAAGUUUUGAAACAUGUCGUUAAGCAGCGACCUUGAAGAGAGAAUUUUAGACGCUCUUCGCACAUCCCAAACUGCAAUCGUGACACACCAACUUAGCAAGAAUGUUGGUCUUGUUUCUGCUAAAGAUGUGAACCCAACUUUAUAUUCUUUGGAGAAACGUGGCUUGAUUAAGAAGGUUACAACUGAGAAUAAUCAAGUUGGAUGGCAAAUUGCCAAAAAUGAUCACCUUGAAGCUGCUGCUGGAAUAGCAGUUAAAAAUCAGUUACAUUUAUUUCCCGGCAAUGAGACAGAAACUGGACCAUCUGCAAAAUGUUCAAAGCAUGAAAAAGAGCUGAGCAGAUCAGUUGCCCAUGAUAUGGAUGUAGAUGCACCAGUUCAGGACGUAAAAAAAGAACAGGUCAAACAUAGACAGGGAGGAUGGGAUCAAAGAGAAAAUAUUUUUGGCUUAUCUAGCCAACUGUUGCCAGUUGCACCAGAUUCAGCAAUGACCCAAAGAUUUGUUGUUCCUAAAGCACCACAUGAGAUGAUAAAGCCAUCUGGUAGGAGGACUAAAAUUUUGGCAAAUGCUUUGCAUAGAGAUACAACAAAUCAUGGGAGUACCAGGCUUCAAAUGAGUCAAAUUUCAACCAGCCAAGAGAUGCCUGGUGCCUCUCAUGUUCAGCAUGGUUCUUCUUAUGGUAAAAGAAGGUAUGAACAUUCUGAUUCUUCAGCUUUUAUUUAUCCAGCUGAGCAUCAGCAAGGACUGUCUUCUGAGGGAUUCCAUCAAGUAGAAAGGGGCACGUCAGAUCAAAGGAUGGAAGAAGCUAUAUUGGCUUGCCUCCAGCAAUUCAACAGGCCUUAUUCAACACUAGAACUUGCACGCGCUGUCAAUAAAAAAACCAAGACAGAGGUAAAUCCAGUUUUGUAUGACAUGCAGAGAAGAGGACUGAUAAUCAAGACAACCAUGCAACCACCUGCUUGGAAGUUAGCCCCAUAUGAUGUCUGUCAAAAUGUUCAAAAGUUUGAUGAAACACCCAGAUUGCACCAACAUAUAUCAUCUACCUGUAUUCCAAGAAAUCCUGUAGAAGCCUCUAUCGAUGAGCAAUACAGUGUCAACCAAAGCACAAGAGAAAAAAUACCAAGACAGCUCUCCUGGCCUUCAAGUGAAGAAGUCAGCACUGCCUUGAAGUAUUCUCAAUGCCAAAAUGAAAAUCCUGUUUUACCUGUACAAAGUUCUGAACCAAGCAAGGAGUUUUCUGAAAUAAGCUUUACAGCACUGAGUAAAAACCCUGUCAGCGCUAUCAAUGAGUUUGCACAGCGAAAUCAGCAACCAAUUUCCUUUGAGAUUUUACAUGAAGGAAAAGGUGGGAAAAACAGAUUUUUAGUUGCUGUUAAAUUGAAUGGGAGAAUGUAUGAUGCUGUUUCAGCUCCAAAUAUAAAAGAAGCUAGGCGGGAAGCAGCAGAUGUUGCAUUGAGAGAAAUUUUAAGCAGGGAAUCAAUAACACAAAAUAACACAAAAAAUAUUGAUGGAUUAAGCAGAACACAUUUUGACAACAUUGCUGCUUUAAGCCAUCAAACAUUUAUCAAGAUAUCAUCAGAAAUAAAAGAGAAAUUUGCUGGAAGAAAAGUAAUUGCAGCUUUGGUUAUGAAAACCUAUGAAGAUCAAACUGGGGUAGUUGUUAGUAUUGGGGCAGGCAAUAGAUGUAUAACAGGAGAUAGAUUAACUCUUGAAGGAAUGACUGUCAAUGAUUCUCAUGCUGAAAUAAUCUGCCGAAGGGCCUUUCUUGCUUUUCUGUAUUCAGAGCUAGAUCAGUUUUACAAAAAUGAAAACUCUGUUUUUGAAAAUGGAGGAGUAGAUGGAAAACUGCAGGUAAAGGAUGGCAUCACAUGGCAUUUAUACAUUAGCACUGCUCCAUGUGGAGAUUCUGCUCUCUUUUCACCUCGUGAAUGUGAAACUAUUAAAACUAUCCCCACACGUGAUCAUUCUCCCCUAUAUACAUCUAAACAACAAGGUCUUCUACGCACAAAGAUUGAAGAUGGAGAGGGGACUAUACCAAUAGAUGAAAAUGAUGGGCCUCAAACAUGGGAUGGUAUUGUUCGUGGAAAACGACUUCGUACAAUGUCAUGCUCUGACAAAGUGUGCAGGUGGAAUAUCCUGGGCUUACAAGGAGCCCUCCUCAGUCACUUGAUUGAGCCUGUUUACCUUGAUUCAUUGACACUUGGUUACCUUUAUGAACAUGGGCAUUUGUCUAGGGCGGUGUGCUGCCGUCUUGAUAAAAAUUCAAGAAUUGAUGAUCAACUCCCAAUUCCAUUUUCACUUAACCAUCCAUGGAUUGGGCGAGUGUCUGCUUACAGCCCACACAGAGAGACUGAGAAAACAAAUAACCUCAGUAUCAACUGGUUUCUAGGGAGCCCUGGGGUAGAGGUAACAGAUGGUAGAACAGGUGCCUGUCUGACACGCACAUCAAAUGCACCAACACCCUCAAGAUUGUGCAAAGCUAAGCUUUAUAAAUCUUUUAAAGACCUCUGCUUAAAGAGUGUCCAUUUAAAGUAUCUUGCAGGGUUUGAGACAUAUAGAGAGGCUAAGGAGAAGGCAGAGACCUUUCAGAAAGCAAAAGAUGUAAUGAUCAACCAGUUGAAAAAGUCAAAGUUUGGCUCUUGGGUAAAAAAACCAAGAGAGCUUGAACUCUUUGAUUCAUAACUUUUUUUACUAUGAAAUUUUAUAUCUAAUGCUUAUUGAAACUGGCAAUUCAGAAAAGUCAUGAAAGAAAAAAAACUUCUGACAGACUUUAUCUUUUUUUUUCUACAAAGAUAAAUGCUAUGCAAUAAAUUAGUUUCUGUAACACAUACAAACACCCUGCAUCUAAACGUUAAGAGCUACAGUGCAUGUCAUGAAUUAUUUACACCAAAACGUUUCGUAAUUAAAAACUGAAUUGAAGCUAGUUUAGUUCCUGUUAAAUUUUAAAGCAAGUAUCCAGCUUUUAUUCCUGGAUCAUAUGUUAAAAUGAAAUGUAUGAAAUCAUCUGUGGAAAACUUUGAAGUAACUCAGACAUGCAGCAAUACUAGUAUUAAGUUUUUACAAUGUCCAUUGUUAGUGAAUUUCACUAUCGGACUGAACUUAGAAAAAAAUUCAUCGAUCAAUAAGCCAGUAUUUGCGGAUCAAAGGAGCCAGCCAAGAUCCUUUUUAUUUCUCUUGCUAAGAGGAUAAGUGGCAGAAAAUUAGUACGCUGAGAACUGUAACGCAUGUUGAGGUAUCUCAUUAUGAACACCCGGUUUAUGGCGCUGUCGUUGCAGCUUAAAAGUUUCAUGACGUAAAUGCAACAAUUGCACAGCUCAAAGCUCUUCGUGUGAAUAUCUUUCGAAAACUUCCCUCCUUCUUCGAUUGGCUGGGUGAGCUGCUUGGAAACGUGUUUUGUCGACUGAACUCUAGAGUGUGAGGAAUAUUUCAAGAUCACAAACAUUGAUAAGAUAGUGUUUCAUUGCAAGCCAAUUUAGACUAGCCUGCUUAUUGUAAACACUUUCGUCUCUAAAUCAUCUUUCAUUAAUAUUGAAAUGUC